AGCUGACGGCCCACCUGAUGGAAAGUGGUAACCGUCGCCUAUAGACAUGAGCAGUACCAUGGACAUAACAGAGUAUACUGUUUCGCCCAUAAUAUCCCCCAUGCGUUGCCAUUCCUGAGGACUCAGGUGUUAUUCCUCUGUACCCUGUAAAUUCACGCCAUAUCCCACCCUUCAAACCGAAACAUAGCCAUGCAAACACAACUGCGACAGAGGUACCCAAACAAUCGACUUUUGUACAAAGUCUCCCUCUGGUAAGGUAGGGUGGCCUAUUCUAUGCCAGGACCACAACAGGUACUAAGUGUAUUAUAUAAGUUUACUACUAGUGCAUUUAAAUGAUAGUAACUCAAAAUUUAUGUACUGUAAUUUUAUCAACAUUCCAAUAUUGUAUUACUGUUAUUUGUAUCACAUAAAUAAAAGAAAUAAUAACAACGUGAACGUUGGAGAAAGUUUAUCUCAUCGGAUUGUACAUUUUUAUUUCCAUUCUGUAUAAAUAUAUCUUGUAAUAAUUAUGUACUAUAAUAAUUUUCGCCGUAGCAAGGCGGCGAGAGUUGUAACCGAGCCCGCCCGGUGUACACUGCACCUAAACUGGCGAGCAUGUCCCGUAAACUGGCGAGCUUAUAAUAGGAUGUCGCGGAUCACUCUUCUUACUUUCAUCGGGUCGCCAGUGUAAGUCGUUGUGAGUUGCAAGUGAAAUGGUGCAUGUUGACAAUCAAUAAUAUUUAAUUUUUAAAAAGAUGUGGGUGACAGCCAUAUGUUUCCUUAUGACAGUGUACGGUGGCGGUGGAGUUACAAAACAAACAGGCAUUACCAAAUUUUGGACAGACGACUUUAAAGUUUUUGAUCAGGUAUAUGGGAAGACUUCGGACAAAGAUAUUUACGGUGCAUCCCUGCCGCCCAGCAUCAGUUACGGACACAAGAAACCCUCGGCUUCUGAGAAGAAGGAGAGAUUCGUCGACACCGGUUUCAAUGAUGACUAUUCAACUAAUAUUGAUGCGGAAAAAUUCGCUGAUCAUUACGCGAAAAUAUUUCAAAAACAACUGCUAGAUUACGAGAAGCCAGUACAGCCGGCGAGAUCCAAUUUAAAUUUCGUAAGCUACACGGAUUUCAAGCCAAUCAGUCAAACGAGCGAUCCUGAUACAUACAACUACUUGAAACAUCUGGAACACUUUGAUAAGAUUAAAAAUGUUGAGUUUCCAAAAGGCGUUGGUGGUUUUAAACCGUACUUGACUAGUGCGAGUAACAUUGAAGAAUCGCAAGCGUACAAAAGUAUCCAAGACAUAUUGGAUGCUCAUGAAAGUAAUAAAGCUGAAAGCGACGACAACGAUGAAGAGGACGUGAACUAUUUGAAUUACCCACGGCCUAAGAACAAAAAGAAGUCUUACCCAAGGUAUAUUCAGAGUAAUGAAUUGAACAAACCGAGAUGUUCAUCGGGCAGAUGCAGGAAGAGAACGACAAGUUACGUGCGACGCACUCGACCGUACGUUAGGAAGAUAAAGCAUAGGAUUGUUAAUUAUUAA